AUGGAUGCUCCAGUGGUAGAGGCCAUUCCCGAAGAUGAGGUCGUGAGACCGCCCUUCGCCGCAGGUGAAGCGCAGCCAGAGGUGAUGACUUGCUUCGAUGAGAACUUCCACAGUCGCUAUGUGCGCAUCUCCAGUGAUGCUUUGGAGGCAAGCUAUAUCGCGACCAAGGAGGAGGACUAUGCUCUGCACGGCGGUCUGAUUGGUGAUGGCCCGAUGCCGGAGUAUGCUGAGCGAGGCAAGUACUUUGAAGUGGAAGUCACGCGGACCGGUGAAGGUCACCCAGAUGGGCUGUGUGUGGGCGUCACCUUGACGCCACCAGAGGAGCUCACUUCUCCACCUGAUACCAUGGAUGGGGUCGCUGACACUUGGAUCGCGGGCUACGAUGGUCUUUUUUGGGAUCCUGUGGAGGCGGAUAUGCUGCCUAUCAACUGGAACCCUGCCAGCCUCCAAAAUGGUGACAAGGUUGGUGUGCUCAUCCAAAGCGAUGGCACUUUCGUGCUGGUGGUGAAUGGGAAAGUGGCAGUGGAGCGAUGUGCCAACGUGCCCUAUGCCAAGCCCUUAUUUGCUGUGGUGGAUCUCCUCGGCAGUUGCGAUGCGGUGAAACUGCUGAUUUCGGAGCCGCCAGAGGUGGCAGCCAUGGUCGUCUCAGAGGUGCCCCCACCUGAACCCGGUGCUGAAGCUCUUGCAGCGAUGAAGGCACCAGUGUCUCCGAACCCCGGCACCGCGUCCACCGAGAUGAUGUCGGGCUUCAGCAAGAAGAUCAUGGGCGAUUAUGUUCAACUUUCAGAGGAUGGCUUGAGCGCCACGUAUACUGGUCAGACCGGGCACGAAAUGCAUGGUGGCCUCGUGGGAAAUUAUCCGUUGGCCAAAGACGGCGGCGUACAUUUCACGGUGGAGUUGACCAAGAUACGCAAGGACAUGAUGGACGGUUUGACUCUGGGCGUCACCACCAAUGCCCCCAGCGCGCUGGAUGAGAUGACUGACACCAUCGAAGGAGUUCAGGCAUGUUGGACAGUGGGCUACGAUGGGCAGAUGUAUGAUGCACAGGAGGAUCGAUGGACGGACCUGGCAUGGCACGGUCGUGACCUGCGGGUGGGUGACCGGGUGGCUCUCCAGAUUACUGAGGCAGGCCAGAUGAGAAUCUAUGUGAAUGGAAAGUUCGUGGUUGAUGCACAUGCUGGCAUUCCUUGUGACAGGCCACUGUUCGCGUUGGUGGAUCUCAUCGGAACGGCAGAUGGCGUGAAGCUUCUGCUUGACGCACCGUUGCCGGACCGUGCAGAAGAUCUCUCCAGCCAACCGGCGCGGGAGGUUCUGUCCUGUAAAGCUUCCAUGGAAGGUUGGUGGCAUAGGCAUGGAGAAAUGGUUGCGCUCUCCGAUGGACUCAAGGCCACCUAUACCUCCAGUGUCUACGAACUCUUCGGCGGCGUCAUGGGAGAUGGUCCUCUUCGCAGCUUCGACCAUUGCCGGGUCGCCCGCAAUGGCCAUCGGUGGCGAAUUCUGGCGGCUGCGGCGAUUUGCCUCGCAUUGGAAGGAUUGGAUGGUCAGAUCUGUGGGAUCAGCGCAUGGCACUCAAGCUGCGCUGCCAUGCGGCUCGCGCUGUCGCGGCAGGUCCCACCGAGCGCCGCGCGCCGCAAGCGCACCCUGCCGGCUCUGCGGCGCCGCGGCACGUUGCACUGGCGCGAAGUGCGCGCGCAAUUGGUGGCGGGAGGACGCGGCAGGCCUGGUGCAGGCUGGAUGCACCUCACACCUGGCCUGGUAGAAGUGGGAUCACUGCUGCUGGCAGGCGCCGGUGCCUUCGCGCUGAGACGCCCAGAGCUGCACCGCGCGGUGGCCUUGGUGGUGAGCCGUGGAGAUGAUGCGGGCGCUUCGCGCCCGCGUGCACUGCUACUGAACCGGCCCGCCGCUCAUGGUGAACAAGCUCCGCAGGUGCUGGCUGUGCAGACGCGAGAGACGGGCGGAUUUCCCUUGCCAGGGCUGCGACUCCUAGAGGAUAGACACGACCCAUUGGCGACAGCAGAUUUGCUGGUGGACGUGGGAGGAGAAGUGACUUGGAGAUCCACUCAGCACUUGCAAGCGGAGUUAGACGAGAAACUUUGGCACAGCGCCUCCGUGGAUAGCCAGGCGCUGCUUGAGCUCCUCCGCGCCACGCCGUCGGAUCCGUCGGACCCAGCGGCCCUGUGGCGCCGCUGUGCGCGGCGGCUGGACGUGGCGGAGGAAAGUGAACUGGAUGCCGUAGGCGAUGAGCUCCUGAGCCAGUGGCUCAAGCAAAACGAAGAGGGCACAUCCGAAGCAGGUUCCAGCAGCCUAUUUCCCAGCAGUGGUAUCUCGGCACCGCGCCGGGGCGAUCUGCUCCUCACCGGAGCGCAUGCCUUUGCGGCGGGGACGCAGCAGUUCCUACACAAGGCCAUCCUGAUUGUGCUGACAGUGGAUGGAGAUGAGGUCCUGGCGCUGUGUCUCAACCGCCCCGCGCCGCAAGCCUCGCGCGCGUCGCGCGCGAGUUCUCCGCGGGCCGCGUCACGGGCCCCGCGCGGCUUUGGGGCGGCGCUGAGCCGUUCGCGCCGCCAGGAUUCGUCAGAGGAUGCCACUGUGCACUUUGGUGGGGACGAGGACUUUGACCGUUGGACCUGUUUGUCCCCAGGCGGUUUUUGCACCUGGAAAGCCACCACAGUGAAAGUCACCAUGACGCCACCCCACUGGGUGACAGCGGCUUGUGGUGGGUCCGUGACGCCGCAGAGGUGUGGGUCUCUAGUGCUGCCAGGGGCUGCAGGCAUGGAGAACCAGAAGGUUGUCCCCUUGCAACAUGCUCUUCGCGCGCGGCGCCGUUCGCCUGGGGAGUUUGGAGCUGGAAUUGUGGCAGAGACGCGGCGAGGCAUCACAUUUUUCGCGGGAAUUUUCUGGGGUAAGCCUGGCUGA